GACGAAAACUGGUGAUCUCUGAGCGAAAUAACGUCGAUAACAAACAUUUGCCAAGUGCUAGAUCGCAACGUUUGAUAUUUCGCGAGCGAGAUAUCGAGAUGGGAAGAAUGACGAGAAACCGCGACAAGUAAUUGCGAGAAGGGGAAGGAAAUCGCAGAAUCGGUGCUGAGAGAAACAGAGAUAUCCUGCGGGCUAGCCGGUCAGCCGACGGUGAUGGCAUGAGGACAUUAGUAAGGAGAAGCUGCGGGUCCAGCGAGGAGGAGGAUGAGGAUGGUGGUGGGCGUGAUGGUCCUUGGUCAGCUACUGGCGAGGAUACUGCUCGCUGCCCAUGCCGGCGAUCGACUCGCGGCGGCUCGCAGAAUACUCAGAGACGUGCCGUUGAUAGAUGGGCACAACGAUCUCCCGUGGAACAUACGGAAGUUUCUGAAGAAUCAGCUGAGGGAAUUCAGGUUUGAUGACCUCAGGGAUACCCACCCUUGGUCGCGGAGUGCUUGGAGCCACACGGAUCUCAGAAGAUUGAAGGAGGGCAUGGUUGCGGCACAGUUUUGGUCAGCUUACGUGCCCUGCUCCUCUCAGCACCUCGACUCGGUCCAGCUGGCCCUGGAGCAAAUCGACCUGAUUCGUCGAUUGGUCAACAAGCAUCCUGAAAGCAUGGUCCUCGUUACCACAGCGGAAGGUAUCGAGAGAGCGCACAAGGAGGGUAGAUUAGCGAGUCUGAUAGGAGUGGAAGGAGGCCACGCAGUCGGAGCGAGCCUAGCAGUCCUGAGGAUGUUGUACGAGUUGGGUGCCAGAUACCUCACACUUACUCACACGUGUAAUACGCCUUGGGCAGAAUGCAGCACAGCGGAUGAACCCGGUCAAGUGGCUCGCAUCGGAGGUCUCUCCAAUUUUGGCAAGAGCAUCGUCCUCGAGAUGAAUCGAUUGGGCAUGAUGGUGGAUCUUUCGCACGUUUCCGUACCUACGAUGCUCGUAGCUAUGCAGACAUCGAGAGCGCCGGUUAUCUUCAGCCACAGCAGCGCUCACGCUCUUUGCAAUUCUUCGCGAAACGUGCCUGACCACGCGCUACGACGUUUGGCGCGUACGGACGGUAUAGUCAUGGUAUCCUUCUACCCCCAUUUUAUUAGCUGCGACGAAAAGUCAACGUUGGAGGAUGUGGCCGCUCACAUUGAUCACGUACGAGCGGUCGCCGGAAUCGAUCACGUUGGGAUAGGAGCCGGGUACGACGGGAUCAAUCUAACACCGACGGGCCUGGAAGACGUCAGCAAAUACCCGGAGCUUUUCGCGGAGCUACUAGCGCGCGGAUGGUCGGAGAAAGACAUUCAGAAGUUGGCUGGUCUCAAUCUGAUCCGCGUGUUCAAGACCGUGGAGAAGGUUCGCGACGAUAUGGCCGACGAAGGGAUCGAGCCUCUGGAGGAGGAAAUUCCGCACCAAGACAUAAUCGGACGAGAUUACUGUCGUUACAGCGUGAAACAACUGAUGGCCCCGUAAUCCUCGCCAAAGAAUGACUCGGAGAAAAGAUGGAAAGAGAAACGAUGGACACCGGGGAAUCGAAACUCUCUCUGGAACCGAUUCGACUUGGAUUCGGUCACCAUCGCUCUUCGACACUUUUUAUCGCGUCACCUCGUGAUUUUCGUUCGCGUACGUAAUUAGAUAGGUAAACUCGAUUUUCUUCGACAACUCCCAACUCGCGAAACGGAUCAAUGUCUAUCUCGGUGAAACGUAUAACGCGAGAUUCGGACGUUUGCGAAAGAGGGAUGAUUCGAUGACCAACACGUUCGUUCGAACAUCCAAGGACUUGGAGUACUUGAUGUUUAAUCUGCAAUCGACGAUUUUCCUCGUCGAUGCUGGAACCAAAACUGUUCUAGUCAAUAAUAAUUAUAUUAUAUAUUCGUAUAAAUCUAUUAUAAGUAUUAUAAUAUAAUACCUAACCCAGACCUAACCCAGACCAUUUUUUUUACGUGGAGGGGGAAAAUCUACAAAAUGACUCGUUCGUUUCGCAGCGGGGUCACGUAUUUAAUACUGAAACUCGGCCCGGGCCGAAAUGUACUGCCGGAUUUCUACCGACUACAAACACCCACGACUCUCUUCGUCAACCCUCGCUUCCCAGACGGUAUGACCGAUCGGUACUUUGCUCCAGGGCUAACUAACUACUCACCUACUCGAGAAAACUAUCUUUAGCGUGGAGUGCGCGCACUAAUUUACCUAACUACUUUAUCUAAACAAAUAAACAAACAAACAAAUAGGUAAAUACUGUAAAUACUAUUUCUAUAUAAAUACAUAGUACUCUUUGCUAUGUGUAUAACAACAACUCCCAGUGUUGGCCUGUCUACCAGAGAUCGGUCAUUACGUCCGCGCCUCCCUUCGAUCAAA